ACAUUCAAAUUUGAAUUUCUGUUUCAGAAAGCAAACAAAUUUCACACGGAAUAGACUACAUUUAGAAGUGAACAAUUCUUAGGUUAAAGCUACAAGAUGACGCUCAAAAUGGCAUUGUGUACCAAGGAUGAUCUCAGCGAGGCGAUCAAGCUGCAGAAACGGGAGCAGUACGAAGAGGAGCGCAAGAAACGCAUCUUCAAUGCCAAGCAGCGGCUCUUUGGACUCGACUUGGAUACGCUGGAGCGACAGAUCAGGGAGAAGAAGAAACAGGCAAGUGAGCAGCUGGAGUGCGAUAAACGUUAUGAGGAGCAGGAACAGCUGCAGAAGCGUCUGAUUACCGCCAAGGAAAAGGAAUUGGAGAAGGAGAAACGCAUCAUGGACUCGGAUCUGAAUUUCUAUCGUUGUCGCUAUCAACGCAAGGAUCAGAGACGUGAAUUCGAUCUCAAUGAUCCCAACUACUUGAAGAAGUCGACGCCAGUACGCAUCUCCGACGCAGACAUCACACUGGGCAUCUCCAGUGCGCAGAUCUUUUACGGCGAGGAUCUCAACAAGAGUGAUCGUCAGGUGCGUCAGCGGGAACAGCAACGCGCCUGGCUCGAUCAGCAGGUGAUGGAGCGCAAGCAGGCGGAGGAGGCACGUCGCCAGGCCGACAAUGUGUACAUGGAGAGCGUGUGGUGUCGCGACAAGCAUCUGGAGGAGAUGGCCAAGUCGGAUCACCGUAUGCGGCAUCAGAUCAUACACAAGAUUCGGCAGUUCAACAUCAAUUUGGCCAAGCAGAAGCAGGAGAAUCGACAGCGCCAAAAGCAGGAGACCUACGAGGAUGAUAUGGCCGAGAUCUAUAACAUGUUGUCCAGUGACAUGCUCACGGAGAAUCCCGAUGUCGCCCAGUCGCGCACCAAUCCCAACAAGAAGAUCGCCUUCAUGUAUCGCGGCAUGACUCCAGAUGAAUUGCGCGACUUCCGCAAGGGGCAGGUGCAACAAUUGACGGACACGCUGCAGCGCAAGACGGAGGCACAGCUGAUGGACAAGCAGUGGGAGCAGUAUGCCAUCAAUAUGGAUCGCUCGCUGAUGCACAAGCAGAUCGACAUGGAUCGCAAGUACAAGCAGCAGCUCGAUGAUCUGGUGCGCGACAAUGCGAAGCUGGCCAUUGAGCAGGAGAAGCAGCGAAAGGAUUCGCUCGAACAGCUCAGCAAUGCUGUCUACGACGACUUUUACGAUCAAUUUAACAAGACAUCGCGUUAACUUGAUCACUCUUUUAUUGUGAUCGUGUGUGGAAUUGCUUUGGCAGCACUGUACUUGAACUCUACAUUACUCUCGGGUCAACUGCGAAUGCAGUUCCACACACGUGCAAGACAACAGGGCAAAAACAAGUUAAAUAAAGCUUAAA